AUGGAGCGCUUGUGUGAUUUUGAUGAGGAAUGUCGAAACAGUAGGAGGAACAAGGCAAAGGGUGUUGCGAAAAGUGAGCAAAAAAUGGACCGGAUCAAGGCUUUGCCGGAUUCCAUUUUGAUUCACAUCCCCUCACUUUUACCCGCCAGGGAUGCUGUGAGGACCCUGAUCAUCCCUAGCUUCGGUCGCCUCUGGACUUCGAUUUACAAUCUGGACUUCGAUCAGUGCCGGUACCACGAUUGCUCAAACAAUUUGAGCUACGGUCACAAAGAGAGAAGUCUGUUAAGGUUUUCAGAGCUUGUUCGCUGUGUGCUUGCACUUCACCAAGGUCCCAGGAUACGUAAAUUCCGCCUUCAUUUUGAGUUUUCGAUGUCCUGCCAAUUGGAUGAACUGAUGUAUCUUGAGCCUGAGGAGCGGGACAGCAUGACUAAGACUGGGGUAUAUGCAGGCGAGGUCAAUCAUUGGAUCGAAUUUGCGUUGAAUAGGAAUGCUGAGAUCCUUGAUUUGGAUUUACGACACAAGAAGCAUGGCUGCGUUUGUACAAGAUUCCUGAAGGGAACUACUGGGAUUUACGAGAUCACUCUUUUGGACGUUUUACGAACUGCCUCAGAAUUGUCAGAAUGUGACGUCAGGAAGGAUCAUGCGGUCCAGCUAGUGCAGUUUUUACUCCGUAAGAUUUUGGUUUUACAGAAGCUCGUCAUCCCUGCAGGGUCGAACAAUCAUUCCAUUUCGGUCAAGGAACUAAAGGAAUUUUCCAACAAGUCGUUGAGUUUUCCGAGAGGUUCUCCUCGUGCAGUAGUUUUGUUUUCCAAUGAGUGA